GACUGUGUUUUGCAUCUCGGUCUCCUUCUAUCCUUUGCAGUAUUUACUCACUUGUUCCUAAAGAGAAGUAUCGCUGAAGGAAGGCGUGAUCUAGGGGUGAGGUUGUCGUUCCCAGUGUGCUAUCACGGGACCUGUGCUCUCUAACUGUAUCUUGAACGCACGGCGUCCAUAUAUACUUCGAGGUCGCAGCGAUGGUUUUCACACCACCGGCCUGGGUGCCCAAACUUCCCUUCGAUCCUCCGGACUCUAUCCCCAUCCACGAGUUCUGGGACAAUGAGAGAUACGGCCGGCAGCCACACGACAAGUCCCGCACGCCCUUUACGUGCGGCUUGACGGGCAAGAGCUACAGCGCUGCCCAAAUGAAGGAGCGGUACGAACUGCUCGCCCGCUCGCUGUCCAAGCGCCUGGGCUGGGGGGUAAACGAGGACACGCACUGGGACAAGGUCGUCGGCGUGUUUUCGCUGAACUCGAUCCACUACAUCAUGUCCACCUUCGCCAUCCACAGGCUCUCCGGCAUCGCGACGCCCGCCAACGCCACGUACUCGGCCUCGGAGCUGGAGUACCAGCUGAAGGCAUCGGGCGCCAAGGCUCUGAUCACAUGUGCGCCGCUGCUCGAGACGGCUCUCAAGACUGCGAAGGCCGUGGGUAUCGCCGAGGACAAGGUGUACCUCAUGAAUGGCCCGUGGGAGACGCCAGGGCAGAAGCUGCCGUUCAAGACUCUGGACGAGCUCAUCGAAGAGGGCAAGUCACUGCCGGAGCUCGAACCUCUGCACUGGUCCACGGGACAGGGCGCCCGGCAGGUUGCGUGCUUGUGCUUCUCGAGCGGCACCUCGGGAUUGCCGAAAGCCGUAAUGAUAACGCACCGCAACGUAAUCGCCAACAUGCUGCAGAUGAGGUGGUAUGAGUCGGUGGGUCGCGAGAAGUCCGGCAUCGACACGCAGAUCGUACUGGGCCUGAUGCCCAUCAGCCACAUCUACGGCCUCGUCGUGAUAACGCUCGCGAGCGCAUACCGGGGCGACGGCGUCAUCAUACUGCCCAAGUUCGAGCUCAAGGGCCUGCUGGAGACAAUACAGCGGUUCAGGAUCAACUUCCUGUACCUCGUACCACCGAUCAUCAUCCAGCUGCUCCGCAACCAGGAUCUGUGCGCCAAGUAUGACCUCUCAUCUGCGCAUUUCAUCUACACGGGCGCGGCGCCGCUGGGCGCCGAGACGCACGAGGAUAUGCUGAAGGCGUUCCCAAACAUGAAUAUCGGCCAGGGCUAUGGCAUGACCGAGACCAGCACGGUGAACAUAACGACUAGCACACACGACGUCAUGAUCGGGACGUCCGGGUCACUCAUGCCCGGAUGCAGGGCCAAGAUCCUGGACGAGGAUGGCAGGGAGAUCACGGAGCUGGGCAGGCGCGGCGAGCUCUACAUACAGGGCCCGAACGUGACGCUCGGAUAUCUGAACAACGAGAGGGCAACCGCCGAGGCGUUUGUGCACGACGACGACGGGCGCUGGGUGCGGACGGGCGACGUGGCCGUGGUUUCGAAGAGCGAGAACGGGACCGGGGCCGAGCACUUUGCCAUCGUGGACCGGAUCAAGGAGUUGAUCAAGACCAAGGGUCAUCAAGUGGCGCCAGCCGAGCUCGAGGCGCACCUGCUCUCCCACCCGGCUGUCAAUGAUUGCACGGUGAUCCCAGUGCCGGAUGAGGGCGCAGGUGAGGUGCCCAAGGCAUUCGUAGUCAAAGCAGCAGCGUAUAAGGACAGGUCAGACGCGGAGACGGCUCGGGAGAUUUGCAAGCAUGUCGAGGAACACAAAUCCAGGUACAAGUGGCUAAAGGGGGGGGUUGAGUUUAUUGACGUGGUGCCCAAGAGUCCGAGCGGGAAGAUCCUGAGGCGGUUACUCAAGGACAAGGAGAGAGAGGCCAGAAGACAGGCAGGCUCGAAGUUGUAGACACGGUUUGAAUUGGUCGAAAUAUUAGACUGGGUUCGCUUGUUCGCGGAAAUAUUUGGAGUAAAGGGUCUCUUCCCGUAUACCAAUGCACUUCUUUGCCUUUCAAUUAGCAUUUGUCCUAAGGGUACGGAUUACAAAAUGGCAAGUCGUCAAACUCGACCUGGAACACACAUAGUGCAACCGCGUUUGAGGAUGUAGUUCAACAUAGCAUAGUGCAAGAAAUUUAAACUUCAACAUGCGGGUGAGUCAGCAACGGCCAAACUGCAAGCUGAGUCAAACGCCCCACAGUCCAACACGUCGCGGAGCAUGAACCAACUCGGAGCUAAAUCCGGUUUCUACAAUAUAUGCUAUUCCCAAACGC